UUGACUGAUGAUACUUUUAUGGAAGCCAAAUGUUUCAGUGUAGACUUGUAGCGGAUGAAGAUUUGGUCCCUGUAACGGAUUAUAAUGAUUGAUUUUAGUAGAGCGAUACCACAUGGAAGAGAGGUCUUUGAGGGUCUGGUAGUGGUGGGUGGUGCACCGUGGUGGUUCCAUGCCCGACAGUGCCCAAUCACCUUAAUCGCACUGUCCUGGCCCGCAUUCAGCCUUCAUACUGGCCAGUGCUUCCGAAAUGUGACGCCCGGAACCACAUCCGAUUCAACCUUUUUUCUUUUUGCUCAAGGCUGUAGAACAACAACAGCUGCGGAUAUAUACCUUUUUGUUUUUUUUAUUCUGGUGUCCGCAUAUUUAUCCUCCAUUGAUUGCACUCUCCCACUUCUCCGUCCAAUUACCAGCGGCAACAGUAUAGUAUCUCCGCUGGUGAGCCUUCCGACGGCACAGCAUGGAUACGCCUCGAGUUCGCUACAUCCGAAGCCGUAUCGCCAACGCAUGCGACAACUGCAAGGCACGCAAGGUUAAGUGUGACGGAAACGUUCCGUGUAGAUAUUGCGAAGAGCGCGGCCGCGGCGGAUCGUGCGUCUACUCGCCGCAGAAGAAAAGGCGCACUCCGGCAUCCCGCGCUCCGUCUACGCCGAAACAGCACUCCCAUCGGCAACAACGACAGCAGCAGCAGCAGCCGUCUCCGUCGCCUGCGGAGCGAUCAUCCGCCGGAGCAGCGGCAGCAGCAGCAGCAGAUUCCCAGACUGCGGCUACCAGAGAGAAUAUCCGUGCUGGAGAUACGGAUGAGCACUCGCGCGGUGAGGGUGCUGAGGACGAGACAGAUGUGCCGAGGGAAGCUAGGUUGCUGCGGGAUUCGCAGGGCAAGCUCAUCUUCAUUGGCGACUGUGCGCCGCUGUCCUUCUUCCAGAGCGUUAGGCAGCUCGUCACGAGCAAAGUCAGCCCGAAUGCGUUUGCGCCAGAGACUAGUCGUUUCUCCGUGCUGGCGAAUUCGGCAGCCACUACUGGCACGGGGCUGCCACGGAGGCAGCAUAGCGAUGUUGGGCCAGCAGUGAAUCCGAGAGCGGUACAGGGCGCCAUGCGUGUAUAUCUUGCAACAACGGCGGGUCUGCUGGACAUGUUUGAUGAUGCGAAGCUGCUUGAUGAGCUUGUCAUGUGGUCAAAUCUGCAGAACCGGCCAACCGACGGCGACACGGUCAAGUAUCUUGUGCUGGCGAUUGGGCUGCUAAAUGAUAAUGCAGAGCUGGCACAGGAGUACUUUGAGUAUGCACGGGGCAAGGCAUACGAGGAUCUCAACGGCGACUUGAGCGUUAGCACUGUGCAGGCGUUUGUGUUGAUUGCCGUGUACAUGUUGUGUUCGUGCCAGAUCAACGGCGCAUUCUUGUUCUUUGGCAUUGCGGUACGUGCGGCGUACUCGAUUGGCGUGCACAGGACCGAAGUGAAUGCGCGGUUUGGCGCUGAUGGUCGCGUUGCUCGCGACCGGCUGUGGAAGAGCCUGCGCGUGGUGGACUUGUGUCUGAGUAUCUCGAUGGGACGCCCGCCGGCGACGUCGGAUGUCGACUGCACGGUUGCGUACCGGGCGCAGGAUGCGGAGGGCAACGAGGUUUUGGAUCUGUUGAAUGCCGACGUCCAAAUCCUACUGAUUACAGAGGUCAUUGUCACGGAGAUCUUUUCGCGCAAGAAGAUCUCCCUGGCCCUCACCGAAGGUAUCUCGGUCAAGCUGCGCGGAUGGUCGGAGCGCUGGCUGCAGCGACUAAAGGGCGUGGUUGAGUCGGGGCGCAGCGAUGCCGACGUGGCGGGUGCGUGCCAGGUGCUUGCGUCGUACUAUUACUCGGUCAUGCUGGUGUCGAGGCCGUUUCUCAUGUACGAGAUGCACAGGAGGUUACUUGCAGACGGACCCAAGCCUGGCGAUAGGGGACGCUCGGGCAAGACAAAGUUGGCCGAUGCGUGUAUCGAUGCGGCGAGCUUGAUGGUCGAUACGGUGGUUGCGCUGAUUCACCGACAAGCACUGCCGAACCGCGCGCCGGUUCUUGUGUCGUGGCUCUUUGCAGCGUCGUUGGUUCUGGGGCUCGGCCUGAUGGGCGGGUUUGGAAGGAUUCUGGAAAAGUGCACACGCAUGUCGAUACAGACGCUAGAUCACUUUGCGUUGCAAGGUGAUGCACAUGCGGCACAGUACUCGCUAAUUGCACAGUCGCUGCUGAAUGUCGCACUGGAGGAUCUUGAUAAGCGCGAGAUGCGAGAGCGCAUGAUGCGGACAGAGAACUCGAGUCUGCUGUUUGGUCUGGUGCCUGCUGCUGCUGCUGCUGCUGGCUCGGGAGAUGCUUCUCCACACGGCUUGUCGACAAGCAGCACGAUAACUUCUUUGACAGACGCCGUCACGUCCGGUCUAGGGCACGACAGGCCGUUUCAUGCACUGCAUUCCGUGCCGGCGACAUCGUCACCGCGGAUGCUGGGGGACAUGGACUCCGCGUACUUGGGGCUGUCGGAAUCGCUGCUUCAUACGCCGGAUGGGGGAUUCUGGAGCGGUGGAUUUGAUGAGGAUGCUGGAUCGGCGCUCAAUCUGUUUCCGUUGCUAGACACGGGGGGUGGUAUUGAUCUGGCGCACUAUCUGUGAUGAGAUUUGGUGACAGUGCAUGACGCUGACAUGCAUUUGCAUGUGCAUUAGCGUGGCCUGGGGUAGAGGAUUUAAAAAUAGAACAUGUAUAGAUUUCGUAGAAACUAGAUAACUGUACUCUACCGAAAAGGGACCAAAAAAUGCCCGCUGGGGGCGCAAUGUUGUCUAUGAUAUCAAGCAAAGUAAAUAAUAUACCGCUAGUUCUGCCACUUGGCCAUCUCUUGC